UGUCUUGAACCAUUUAGAAAUAUAAUAGACUUUAUGUAGUUGAUACGAAACAAUUAUAUUGGUUUUCAGAAGUAUCUGAGAAAUUGUUUGAAGUGGGCACGUACCAUGGUUGAAAAAAAAAUUACUGGCAGUUUUUGCAGCAUGUGCAGCAAUGUUUUUGUAAAUUUAGAUCAUAAAUGGCUGCAAAUUUUUGCCCUUCUGUGUCUUAAACUCGUUUUAGCUGUUUAUUCUAGACAAAAAGCAUCUACCAGUUCUUUAUCGAAGCAUGUUUUAACGAUCGCCGAUAAAAUAUAUUUUUCAUCACAAGAAAGUUUUGACUUCAAUGGUAAUCAAGCAGCAGAUAAAAAUCGAGUGUGCUCCAAUACAAACAUAUUCGAAGCCUUCUUUACAUCUGUUAAAUCUGAGCAUUUGUGCUUCGAUUUAUCACCUCUCAGUAGAACAUAUCAGAUUAUGGACAUGGGGGUUGAAAAAGAACAGCAGGUAACAUCCAAGAAUGAUGCUGAAAAUGCAGAUGAAGAUACUGAUCAUACAAAUGGCAAUUCAGAGAGCAAGCGUUCCUUGAAGGCUGACACGGAACCACUAGAUAAUCCACCUCCUGCUAAACAUAAGACGAAAGGUGCUGCUUCGCCUCCCAAAGACCGAGAGUUUGGGACUACACUGGAAGAAUUUGGUUUCGAAUUUGACAACAAGGGUGUUCUGAGAGACGACAGAGGAGAGGGAUUUGUGUUCAAUGUCAGGAAGAACACUUUCUAUAAUCAGAGAAGAUAUGAAGCACUUGGAAAUGCAGUGAUAGAAGAAGUCUACAACAAAUUACAGGAAGAUUGUGGCCUGGAAAAGAUAUACAUCCCCGAAGAUGCUGCACAAACAGAUGCAAGAAGUUUCGUAUUUGUCACUCCCGACUUCUACACUAACGAAGCUACCCUUUUGGUGCUAAUCCACGGAUCCGGAUUUGUCCGAGCUGGUCAAUGGUCCCGUAAGGUCAUCAUCAACAAAGGCCUCAAAGAGGGAAGUCAAAUUCCAUACAUCGAAGCUGCGAAAGAGAGAGGAUGGGCAGUUAUAGUGCUGAACACUAACUUGAAUAUGGCUCCAACUAUGUCACAGGAUGGAAAAGGGUCAUAUGGCGAAGUCAAACAUUCGGGUACAUCAGAAGAACACGGUCUGUACGUAUGGAACAAGUUGAUUAAGAAAUCGAAAGUAGCCACGGUGUUAGUUGUGGCUCACAGUUGGGGAGGAGUAGUCACUGCCCAUCUAGCCGAGAAGACUGACGACUUCACUGAUCGAGUGAAAGCAGUUGCCUUAACGGACUCGGUCCACGCUCUGAGACAUAUGGACGCAUCUAAAGAUGUAGAAGAUUUCUUUGAGCGAAGCGUUGUAAAUUGGAUCCAGUCUCCAGCGUCCGUGAAUACACCAGUGAAAAUAAGGCAGAAAUUGAAAGGCAGAGAUUGUGAGUUGAGGUCAGCAGGGGUUAUGGAACACGAUAUGACGUCACACUGUGCCAAAGAGAGUGUGUUCAAGUGGUUCGACCAAAUGCUGGCUGGGGAAACUGAAGCUGAAUUUUCAGAUGAACGGACUGAUGAAGCCAAACCACCGGUGGCAAAGACCCAGACCAAGUCAAGAACUAGUUAGCUUUGAAAGCGCGUCUUAUUUUUAUACCAAUACAUCUUUUUGCUUAUUUUUACUAACGAAUAUCAGCAAUUCGAAUUUAGUUUCGACAGAAA